CGCACCACGGACCGACAUUCCCGACGAAGAAGCCGCUCCAUCCAUUCAGGCUAAACUCAGCUAGCAGACAACGUAAACAUUGCCACAACAUUAGCAAGAUCGGGACGUUAAGCCUGGUUUUUUAAGCAUUUUUUUCUCUAUCCGUUAACAAUAUUAUGUAUUAGCGUGGAUACAAUAUGAUACCCUGCCAUGGACUUUUGGAUUUGUGGCUUUUUAACGUUACCGAGGCCUUGAGUUGGCCCUGCUAACGGAAGCUCAUGAUUCAGCUGGAGAAACCGGUGCUGACUGGUACCAUGCCGGUGGUAUGGCCCACUAUCCUCGACCUGGGCAGGGAUGAGUGCAAAAGGAUACUCCGGAAACUGGAGCUGGAAGCUUACGCCGGUGUCAUCAGUGCCUUGCGAGCCCAAGGCGACUUGACGAAAGACAAGAAGGAUCUGCUGGGAGAACUGACUAAGAUCCUCGGCAUCUCAACAGAGCGGCACCGCGCAGAAGUCCGCAGGGCUGUCAACGAUGAGCGUCUCUGCACCAUUGCUUACCACAUGGCGGGUCCUAACAGCUCAUCGGAGUGGUCCAUCGAGGGACGCCGGCUCGUUCCGCUGAUGCCGAGACUGGUCCCUCAGACAGCUUUCACGGUGACCGCCAACGCAGUCGCCAGCGCCACAGCCAAUCUGAACGCCUCGCUUCUUUUGCCAGCUGAAACGGGGAACAAAGAAGUGGUUGUGUGUUACUCCUAUACGAGCACAACGUGCACCUCCACCAGCUCCACAGCGACCAGCGGCACCAUGGGAGUAGUGUCAAAAACCCCACGGCCGCCCAGCCCUUCAUCCAGUGUGGUGGUGCUGCCCAGUGGCAGCACCGUCUACGUGAAAAGCGUGAGCUGCUCCGACGAAGACGAGAAGCCGCGCAAGCGAAGGCGCACCAACUCGUCGAGUUCGUCGCCAGUGAUGCUGAAGGAGGUCUCCAAGAUGUCGCCGCCCAUCACCAAGAACCUGUUGACGCCGGUGAGCGCAUCUCCAAAGAUGAGCAACAUCAUGCAGAGCAUCGCCAACUCGCUGCCGCCCCACCUGUCGCCCGUCAAGAUUACCUUCACCAAGCCCACCAUCCAGACCACCAGCAACACCACGCAGAAGGUGAUCAUUGUGACAACGUCCCCCAGCUCUAACUUUGUGCCCAACAUCCUGUCCAAGUCGCACAACAACGCCGGCAUGUCCAAGCUGGUCUCCACCGCCAUUCUGACCACGCCCACACAGAAACAGACGGUGGUCUUCCCGACCAGCUCCACCCCUGUCGCGGUCACUACGGUGGUGUCCUCUACGCCCUCAGUGGUCAUGUCGACCAUCGCCUCAUGUGCGGCCUCAGCAGGAGUGAAGGUUGCCUCAGCCAGACUCCCCUCCCCUAAAACGCUGGUGGGCUCUCCAACUCAGAUCCUGACCCAGUUCUCCAAGCAGCAAUCGCCCAAACAGCUGCAGACCUUGCCCAUGGGCGCUUCCAGCGUGAGCCAGGCCCAGAGCAGCGCCACCACCUCAGCGAAGCCAACCAUUCAGAUCAAGCAAGAGUCUGGAGUGAAGAUCAUCACACAGCAGGUUCAGCCCAGCAAAAUUCUGCCCAAGCCGUCGUCGGUGGCUCUGUCCGGCAGCAGCUCCUCACCCAUCAUGGUUGUCAGUAGCAAUGGCGCCAUCAUGACCACCAAACUGGUCACUCAGCCCACAGCUACCCAGACCACCUACACGAGGCCCACUGUGACCCCCAACAUCGGUGCCAGAAUCUCGACCUCGGCCGGUGGCGCCACCUACGUCAAGACCACAAGCGGGAGCAUCAUCACGGUGGUCCCCAAGUCUUUAGCCACGCUGGGGGGGAAGAUCCUCAGCAGCAACCUCAUGUCGGGCACCACAACAAAGAUCACCACCAUCCCCAUGACGUCCAAACCGAACGUCAUUGUGGUUCAGAAAACCACAGGCAAGGGAGCGACCAUCCAGGGGCUGCCCGGCAAGAACGUGGUCACCACGCUGUUGAACGCUGCGGGUGAUAAGAGCCUGCAGGCUGUGCAGGGGAGCAAACCGGCCAUCAUCACCACUUCCAGGCCCAUCACCAAGAUGAUCGUCACUCAGCCCAAAGGCAUGAGCGCAGGCUCGUCCACCGCCACCAAGAUCAUCCCCACCAAGAUCGUCUAUGGCCAGCAAGGCAAGACCCAGGUGCUCAUCAAGCCCAAGCCAGUCUUCCAGGCUGCUGUGGUGAGCGAACAAACACGGCAGCUCGUCACAGAGGCACUGCAGCAGGUGACGCGCGCGGCUGACGUGAGUCAGGUUUUGAGUCAGGACACGUCCGCCAAAGACGACAGCGGCGGCUUCACGGAAAGCAGCAGCGGCAGCUCGGUCGGCGAGACGUCCCACAGCGGCGAUUCGCAGCCUGUGCUCCACUUGGUGUCCUCCAGAGAGCACAAUUGGACUGAGCAGGAAGUGGCGGUGGAGUCCACCCCGACUAUCAUCUACCAGGAGGUGUCUGUCGGCGAAUCCCAGUCCGCCACGUCCACCAUUAAAGCGCUGCUGGAGCUGCAGCAGACCUCAGUGAAGGAGAAGGGCCAAGAGUCUAAACCCCGGCAGCACACCAUCGACUUGAGCCAGAUGGCUGUGCCCAUUCAGCUGGCCCAGGAGAAGAAGGCCACUCCGGAAUCCUCCAAGCCGACCAGCUCGGCGGCCGAAGCCAGCGCUGAUGUCGUUGCAGCAGGUAAAGUCUGCCGGGUGGGCGUGGCAUCGGAGGACAAAGUGGUCAUGUCCUCAGCCCAGCAGCAGCAGCAGCAGCAGCAACAGCCGCCGCCACCGCAGCAGGGAAAGCCUUACAAAAGCCAGAUCACCUUGGUAACCAAACCAGCUGCCGCUCCUCCUGCAGCUACAGUUACGCACAUCAGCCUCAGGCCAUCUGAUGGUAAAACAGACUCUGUGUUGGAGGUGAGUGAGCUGGAAGGCGACACUUUGGACCCUCAGACGGGCUUGUUUUACCGCUCCAGCAGCCAGCCAGCCAUGGACGCUACCAAGCACCCCGCUGCCGCGGCUCAGUCAUCAGUCGCGAGCAGGCUGGACCCCGAGCAGCCGUCAGCCCCGCCACAACUGCAGAGCAAACCUCAGAUCAGCCAGCCUUCCUCGUCCUCCCCCGCAGCCUUUCUCGCCACGCCCAAUUUAACGAAGAAACUCCCCAAACUCAGAGAGCAGAGUCAGCCCAAACCUCAGGGGUCCAUCACGCCGCCGGUGACGCCGCAGCUGCCCAAGCUCCAGCAAGCGCCCACAUCCCACCACAGGCCUCUGCACACGUCCAUGUCCCACCCGCCUCCGCUGCAGGCGCACCACCCUGUCAGCGCAGAUAAGACCGCCUCCAGCCAGCAGCCGAUCAUCACCCAGAGCGCCACCGUCACUAAGAUCACCUUCGGCAGCUCCCAUCACACAUCACCUGUCUUCAGCGGCGAGGCAGCCGCCAAGCUCAUCCCGGAGUCCAGCUCGGGGCCGUCGUUGGACAAGCCCUCUGUGUCGGACAUCCUGAAGAUCUCCAUGAUGGAGGCCGAGAUCGACCCCAGCAUCGAGCCCAUGGUGGUGGACUCCUCCAGCGACUGCGCCCCCCUGGGGAAAACACUGGAGGUCCAGGCCGUCUCCGGUACACUGGAUUCGGGUCAGUUCAUAACCAGCUCGGCGGCGGCGACGACGACCGCGGCGCAUCAUCACGCCCACUCCAAGGCGCAGCAGUUCAGCCGCGUGCAGCCCAGUAAAAGCGACAUGGAGGUUAUUGAGGUGAUCCCUCAGUACUCCAUCCUGCCGGACUCGAGCCAGUCCAACGUGGUGGUGGAGCCCAGCGGCUUCCUGGAGAUUACCAACUACACCAGCCAGCAGCUGGAGGAGGACAGCCCCAUGGAACAGGAAGUGGACAGCAGCAACGACGAGGCGGUCGCCGCCAGCCCCCCCGACCAGCCCUAGUCUCGUAGACACUCGAAAGACGUUCUGUUGACGUGUAAGAUAUUAGACAAUGACUCCAAGCGGAGCCUCGUGCCACAUUCGACAACAUCCUAUUUGAGAGGACUGCACUUUCUGUGGCCAUUUCACCUUCAAAGUUCCUCACUAAAGACUUGAACUUUUUUACCAAGUGACUUGAUGAACUUUUUAGACGGCGCCGCAGCUUUAUAAUUAUCCUAUGAAUCCACUUUUCAUAGAACCUGCAGGACAUUGCGUUUCUACGGGGAGCAUUUAGCUUAACAUAGUCCCGGAAGACACAUACGGUUCAUCUUAACGUGCAUUCUAAAUUAUGUGAUGUUUCACAGGAAGGACUCAAUGUAUGUUUUGUUUUUUGUAAUAUAUAUAUCAUGGAGAUCAUCUUAAAAAUACUGCAUAGUGUUUGAACUAUGCCUUUCCUUUUAUACCUUUUCAAAGUACACAACUUGAGAGGAUUCAUUUAAUCUCCAAAAUAAAUCGUCCUGAGUAGAAAACGUUCACGUCCCUAAUUUUUUUUGUUUUCCUGUUUAAAAAGGAGGGAAAACGUGCUGUAUAUCUGUUUUUUUCUUCUUCUUUUUUUUUUUUUACGUGAAGAAAAUUUUAAUUUUCAGUCGGAAAAAAAAGGAGUCAGCAAAUUUGGUAAAAAAAAAUACCCACCCACUUUAUUUCUGAAAUUUAUUUAUUUUUGUUUGCAUAAAAACUAUUUUUGUUUUGUUUUAUUUUACAAAAAAAAAAAAAUUUUUUUUUUUUACAUAAAACCACAUUUACUUUUUUCAUGACAAAAUAAAACUUUGAAUAUGUUUCCAGAAAACACAAACCCACUUUUUUACAUUUUAAUUAAAAUACAAUCGCAAAAUAAGAUCUGUUUUUCCCUUUUAAAUGUUUUUUCUGUAAAAAAAAAUCACAUGUUGGUUUUUCCCAUAAAAAAAAAAACAUGAUUUAUUUAAGUAAUACAAUUUGCAAAAUAUGUGCCAGUAUACAGUGACUCCAAAAAAGACUGACAGCGCUUCACUUUUUCACAUUUUAUCUUGUUACAAAAUGGAAUAAAUUCAUUUUUGGCCUCAAAACUCUACACACAAUACCCCAUUAUGACAAUGUG